AUGGAAACUAUAUUUAGAAAACUUAGGAGAUCUAGUAGAAAAAAAAAAAAAUUAGUAGAAGUAGAUACAAUUGAUGAAAGAGACUGGGCUCAUGCAAAAACGUUAGAUUUAGAAGAGGACACGUCCGAACAGAACUACGGCAAAACAUAUAAAAAUAAAAUAAAAAAAAAUGAAAAUAAAAAUGAAAAACGAGAAAACAGUUUAGAAGAUUAUUAUGUAAUGAAUAACGAAUUAGGAAGCGAACAAAAUCGAAAAAAAGAAAAAUUUUAUUUAAAUUCCUUUUCGCGGAUGAAUGAAGAUUUAACUACUGUUAGCACAGAUUUUACUAAUGAAUAUUAUAUUAAAAAGAAAAGAACUGAACAUAACAAAUAUAUGAACGAUCAUGAAAAAAAAAAACUUACAUAUCUACGUGGUGACUUUGGAAAAUACCAAAGUGAAACGAAAGAAUAUUUGGAACCUUAUGAGCAACUAGAUUUGUACCGUGAAGCAGAUAUUGAACAGUUAAAGGGGAGAGCACUGCAUGGGACAUACGAAGAGGACGAAGCGGAGGAUGUAUUAUCAGACGAAGCAGUGGACGAAGUGGAGGAUGGAGUAGCAGACGAAGCAGCGGACGAAGCAGACGAGUACGAAUACGAAUAUAUGGAUGAUCAAGCGAGAGACGAUGAAAAGGAGAGUGUAUAUACGUACGAAGACCAAACCAAAGAUAAUAAGUACAGUAAAAAAGAUGAAGAAAAAAGCAAUACACAGAGUGAACACAGUAAAGAAAGUAUAUUAACUGAUAAGAGUGAAACUCAUUUAGCAAAUGAGUCUGAGGAAAACGAGGUAUAUUUUGAAGAAAAAUUAGACAUCUACAGUACAGAAGAAAUAGAUAAUGAAGUAGAAGUAGCAUAUGUUAAAGGGAAAGGUAGAUGUAUGUUUACAAGAAAGAAUUUAGAACCUGGUUCUAUCAUAUUUAUAGAAAAACCCUUAUUCAUUAUAACACCAAGUUUAAAUGAAAAAUUGUGGGAUUAUUUAAAUAAAUUAAAUAAUGAAGAGAAUUUUGAAUUACCACUUAAAUGGCAUUUUGCUGCUUUGUGUACAAUUACUCUACUUAAUGAUAUUGAUUUUAAGGCAUGUAUUGAUAAGUGGAUUCCAGAACCUGACAAAGGAGCAGAUAAAGAUGUAUUCAAUGUUUUAGAUAAAGUUUGUGAGAAAAAAAUAACUAAAAAUGGGUAUAAAUAUUACUAUUAUAAAAACAAAUUAAUAGAACCCGAUAUUUACGAUAGAAUCAUACAAGUCUGGCACUACAAUGCCUUCGGUCACCACACGGACAACGAGGGAUUGGUCCUGUACAACCGCAUUUCGAUGCUCGCCCAUAGCUGCAAUUCAACUGCUUGUUGGCAUUACGGGGAAAAUGAUAGCUUCGUUUUACGGGCAAGGGUCAAGUUAAAUGUCGGGGACGAACUUACAAUAUCGUAUCUUGGGGACGAUGAUUUGUAUAAAUCCUCCAACAUCAGGAGAGAAAAGCUCACGAAUUGGCUGUUUGUCUGCAUGUGCAGUAGGUGUACAAAUCCAGUUGACAACUCCAGGGGAUUUAAGUGCUCAACUUGUGGAAUAGGGACUUUUUUCAUAAAGAGCGAGUACCAUGAUGAAAUACCUAUAAUAACCAAGUGUAACAUUUGUCUAUCAGAAAUAUCAGAGAGUACAGCAUACGAAUACAUUGAAUAUGAAAAUAGCUACAUAGAGAGGUUACAACAAACAGACAAAAGUGACUUGACAGAUGCCUUAGCUGUCUAUGUACAGGCAGAAAAAAUAUUUACUCAACACUGGAUUAUGUAUCAGUUAUAUACAAUACUUUUUGAAGGAUAUAGAGAUGCUUGUCAAUGGAAUAAAGCUAUAUAUUACCAAAUGCUAAGAAUUAGAUAUGCUGUUGAUGUAAUACCUAGAGCCAAUUAUGUAUUGGCUUGGUUAUAUGAAGAAUUAGGAGAAAUUCAUGCAAAUUCUAUCAAUGCUGAUAUUUUAUUAACAGAAAAUGAUUUUACAAUUUCCUAUGAAGACAAGAAAAGAAUUUGUUCACAUUUUUUGAAGUCCAUACAUUUACUGGAAAUAUUAUGUGGGUAUUCCCAUGACUACUUAAAGGACUCCUUGAACAAAUACUACAGGAUUGAUAGCUUGACCACUACAGAUGCCCCACAGAUAGAGGAGUGA